AAUAUUCAGAAGGUUGCACAAACUGCUUAUCGUUUAUUUUCACGGAUAUGUGGUAAUUCUGAUGUACUGUUAAGUAGUCAGAAUGUCGGACUUCUCACGUCGAUGAUGAAUAAUAUCAAAGACAAAGACGUCAAUUUUGACAUGUCGAAGAUCUCAUUAGAAUCUGAGACCCCAGUAUCUUAUAUUGACAUUUACGAAGACCCGGUAAUGACAAUGGCAAUUUUUAUUAUUCGCGAUGGUUGUAAGAUACCACUGCACGACCACCCAGGGAUGUAUGGAUUUUGUAAAGUUAUUCAUGGAAGUGCACGAAUGAAAUCGUUCAGUGAUCCACAAAAUUUCAAUGGUAACCCACCUGAAAAUAUUGCCAGUAAAAUCAGACCUUACCUGAGACACUCAAUUAAACCGGUUGUUCUAGAAGAGGAAUCCACCAUUAGUUCAGAAGACAAUUGUUGUGUUGUAACACCUAAUCAUGGCACUUAUCACGAACUUAUAGCAGUGAAUGGACCUGUUGCAUUUUUAGACAUUCUUGCACCAUCGUAUGAUCAUGCUUCAGGUGCCAGAAUAUGUCAGUAUUAUGAGGAAAUUAAAGGACAAAAUGAAGAUAUCAAACACCUUGGAAAACCCCUUAUAUGGUUCACACCAAUUAGUCAACCAAGUGAUUUCUGGUGUGAUCCUGAAGAAUAUGAAGGCCCUUCUAUUGUAGAUGCUUUAAAAGAAAUUGUUUAAUAGUUUCAUGCAUAUUUUACCUACUAUAUAUAUAU